AUGAUGGUAUUCUUGAUACAACUAUUAUUAUGAGGAUCCUUAAAAGUAAAAGGAAACUUCUUUGUUCUCACAGAUUUACAUUAUGAUAUCGCUUAUGAGCCAAAUUACAGUUCAAAAUCAUAUUGCCACUCUAUAGCUUUAUCAGAAGGUCCGGCUAUCUUGGAAAAAUCCAUUGAUAAAGCGAUUUCAGGCAGAUAUUACUGUGAUUCUCCAAUUGACCUAAUAAAUAAAGUUGCUUGGAAAAUGAAAGAAAUAGACUCGAUCCCUGAUUUUAUUUUAAUUCUUGGUGACCAUUUGGCUCAUCAUACUAUGGAGCUAUUCGCUGAGAGUGGAAAUUUAAAUUUGGAAGAAACAAAAGAACUCGUUAAAAAGACUUAUGUAGCCUAUUUAUAGUAAAUAAAAUAAUUUUCUAUUAUUAAAUUAUCAUAAAAAUUAGAAAAUAUAUACAAUAGAUUAAUUUUAUUUACUAUAAAUAAGGAUAGAUAUUGAUAGCGUUUUCAAGACUGUGUUCCCUGAAAGCCAAGUCAUUUAUUUAAUAGGGAAUAAUGAUGGCUAUGUAGAUUAUGAAUCGUUUAUCGAUGGUCAAGGAGAAGAAUAUUUAGAAUUUUUAUAUAACAAUUGAAAAGAACUGACAGGAGAGAUCGACACAAGUUUUUAUGAAGGCGGAUAUUAUUCAGUGUUCACAGAUAAUAGGCUGAAAAUAAUCUGCUUAAAUUCAAACUACUUCAGCUAUAAAUUUGAAGGUUCAAAGCAAGAAUCAAAUAAUCAGAUGGCAUGGUUUAAGCAGGAAUUAAAUGAUUCAGAAGAAAAUGUAAUUAUUGCUAUGCAUAUCCCUCCUGGAAUAUCGAUUUAUAAUAAAGCCCAGCAACUGUGGACUGAUGAGUAUCUUGAGAAGUUUACAGAAUUAGUGCAGGUACAUAAAGAAAAAAUUUUAUUUAUUUUUGCAGGGCAUUUACAUUUUAGCUCAUUUGAACUUCUCCCUGAUGUUGAUAUCCCAAUAAUAAUCCACAAGUCAGUUUCUCCUAUUUAUGGAAAUAAUCCUGGGUUUAGAUAUUAUACCUAUCGGGACAAUUUUUCUGAUUAUAUAGACUACUCUUUAGAAUUAAAAAAUUUUAAAUGAGACUCUUACAGGUUUUCACAGCUUUUUGAGAUUGAUUCUUUGAACAUGAAGAGCCUUUAUAAGUCUUUGGUAAACGAUUAUGGAAAAUUAAAAAAUUAUAUUUCAAAAGCUGUAGGCUUUGACUUAUUCUCCUCCUUUAGCUAACCUAAAAUUCUGUGUUCGCUGGAGGAGGGGGUUGAUUUUUUUAAAACAUUUAUAUGUCAAUUAAUAGCAAAUUUGUUUUUCGAAAUUUUAAAAAAAAAAAAAAUCGCAAAAAUUGAAUAGUAAGAAUUAAAUUUAAUUUGUAAAAUUUAUGUUUUUAAAAUGCAAGCUAAACAAAAUUAGCUGGAUAUUUAAUUAUAAUAAUUAUCACUUAUAUAUCGAAAUAUUUUUUUAAAAAAAAUUAUAUUAAAAAAUUUUUGUCUGCUCACAGAGGGUGGGUUUUGGGGCAAAAAAUAAGAUUUUUUCCAAUGGUUUUUUGCUCACUCAAGGAGGGAGUUAGCAGAUAUAGAAAAAUCUUGAAAAAUAUUGCUAGAUAUGGACUACACAAGUGAUAAAGAAUUAGGAAUUGCUACUUUUUUAUGUUCAUUAUUAGAAAUUUCGUAUGAUAAAUUCCAGAUUUGCAUGGAAAAAAUGAAUUCAAAUAUGAUAAAUAAUUUAGAUUAA